UUACUGAGUUCAGUCUCGCGUGUGCAGUACGUCCGGCUGGUUCUCGACUGACCAUGUGACUGAGCGAUCAACAGGCUAACCAAACAAUCUGGAUACUCUUCAAUCCAUCAUCUGUUUGCCAUACACGUACCUGGGCAUCCCAGUCGCUCCGUAGCAUUCAACGAUUGGAGAUGGCGCUGAUGCGGCACACGGUGUUGGCACUUGGCCUGCUGUUCGUCACGAUAGCCGCCACAGCUUUGGCCGUUAGUUGCUAUGAAUGCGAUUCCGUAAAUGAUUCAAAUUGCGACGAUGAAUUCCAUGCUGACGACAUUGCCAAAACGGACUGCGACGCCAUGGAAUUGCCGGAAGAACAACGUGCCCUUUAUUCACAACGACCGGACACCGCUUGUCUGACCAAGUACUACAAGGACUCGGAAGAUGAUUUUAUAUUUGUGCGACGAUCCUGUGCAUUUGGCGAUUUUUCCGUGUGUGAUCAGCGUCCGGAUCCGGUGGUGCCACAUCUAAACUUUCUGGGCUGUGCCUUCUGUCACAAAGAUUUGUGCAACGGUGGCCAACUAAUCCAAAGUUCUAUUGUGGGCAUUAUGCUACUGCUCUGUGCUUUAAUCAACUGAAAAAACGAUGUUAACAAUCCAUUUUUU